AAGUUAAGAAAUGUGUUGUCGUUUCCAAUGUUUGAGGUCUUAGUUUCAAGUGAAGUGAACACAGUUGAAUUAAAAGUUAACUAGGACACGGCUAUGGACUGUAUGCCUUCCAGUUACAAUGUAAUCAUCUGUCACCUUGAUAUGUUAUCUAGUUGAAAAGUAACCCAUUGUGUUCAGGUGAUUUCAGGACAGCUCUCCUGGACAAACCAGUGUGGCAGCAUCAUGGUGUUGCCUCUUUGUAUGGCUGUAAUCACACUGAAACUUCUUAAAGCCAAGAACAUACUUUAUCAUCUUUUCUGUCAUUGUUGCUCAUCUGAAUUCUCUAGUAAAUCUCUAUUCUUUUGUCAAAGGUAGUGCGACAUGAUUGAGGUAAACACCAGUAAUGUUUUACGUGAAAUCACACUCGCCUUGUGCUGCUGGUUUUGAGUCAUCAGUGAGCACGUGUUUGUAAAGUGCUUUAGUUUGAUCUACCUACAUACAGUGAAUUAUGUAAUAUAUAUACUAUAUUUACAGUGUGUUGUUUAGAAUCUGCAUCAUGUGUUGGAAACAGCUGAAUUUGUUAUUGUGGAGGUUCCUUCUUUUAUGUUGAUGUUUUGGUCAAAUCAUACUUCUUUGUUUUACUCAGCUGUAUUUGUGGACAGUGACAAACUCACUCAGAGCUCAUGGUUUUACAAUGUGAGUGAAUGAGUUAGUGUAUGUACGGUACUCUCCUCUAGCUCACAAGCUCAGCUUAUGUUUCUGUUCUGUUUUCUUGAUGUUCAUUUAAAAACGCCCUAAGUGUUCUAGCCAAGUGAUGUCCUUUAUAGCACUGUUUAUAUUUGAUCAAGUUGUCAUGACUGCUGGUCUGCGAGGUCUCUUUUAGCCUAACGACCAUUAGCUUGGAAAAAAUAUUUAUUUUGGCAAGUGUUGUAUAGCCGGUAUUACUUUAAGAACAAAUUUAACAUUUUUGAUAAGAGCACAGCAUUAAGGGGUAGAGAAAGUCUGUUGUGUUCAGUAGGUCUUUAAAAUGAGGAACUGUGCGUGGAGAGCAUGUGAUUCAGGGGUUAAGUCGAGUCUUGUGCUAGAAAUGCUGUGUCACUGCAGCCGGGGGAGUGAGCGAGCACAAGUGAGUCGGGUGAAUGAAAGAGCAUGUUUUCGAGUGUCCGUUGGUGUGUGGUGUUGGUGAUAGUAGAGAGUGGGCAUGUGUCAGAUGACUCAUGUGCCCACCCAGUGGUGGAGGCAAGCGUCCUGGUGGGAGACACUGAUGAUGAUGAUGAUGAUGAUGAUGAUGAUGACGAUGCAGCUAUGUCAUCGCCACAUGUGUUUCCUACCUCUCUUGCUCACUGCUCUCCCUCUCGCUCAUUGGCACUCCCUGGUCACGUGACCUAAUGCUCUACUUCUCCUCUCCUUCCCUUAGACAGCUUAGGCUGCGCUGUGUUUCUCUUUGGGAUUGACGCUCAUCUGUGUGUGUAUAUACGAAUAUGUGUGACAGACAGUGUACAAUUUACAGAGCCAGAGAGCGGGUGCGUCAGAAAGUGUUGGAACGGUAAUGCAAUAAGCUAUGCUAGAAGGGGAAAAGGCUCAGGAAACAAAACAGAGAGACAAAUCGAGAGAGGGCAGAGGCAGUUUGAGAAAGCCAGAGAAAAUGAGAGAUCAAGAAAGACCAAGAGGAACAGGGAAAGCCAAAGUAAGAGAAGCAGGGAAAGGCUACUGAAGUUGAUCCGGUCAUAGCGCAGUGUAGCCGGCACAUGCUCAGUAAUAUAAGAGAAAAAUACUACGCAGGAGCUGACAACGAUCUGCAUGGGGGAGACGGCCAUGUUUUUUCCCCUCCUCCUCCUGGUUAAAUCUGCUCCAAAACUCCAGCAAAUGUUGGAGAGAAGAGAGGAGACACCACAAGGCCGGUCAGCCAGCAAGUGGGCGAGAGGGAACAUUCAGCGAUCAUGAAGACGUUGAUGAUGAUAAUGGCAAUGACGCCAAGGCAGAACAAUGACUGUUUGCAAAGUCACUUCAGUGGAUGGCCCCAGAAGUGGAGGCCAGAUGGAAAUUGGGUCACAUGACCGCCUCCAGGAAGGCGCGCUGAGCCUGGAAUUGGCCAAUGGGGUGAAUCGCUACCCUAAUGAUGAUGAGAUGGAAACAGAGCAGCAGAGGGCAGGAAGCGUGCCUCCAAGGCAGUGGGUGUCAGGACAUGGCAAGGUCAGUGACACCCAACAACAGCAACCAUGUUGGAACAGCAACAGUGGUACAACCCCUGGUGAACCUGUCCACCACGCAGACAUGGAGGAUGCCCACAAUCUGGUGGCUUUUUCUGCUAUUGCCGGCUCCUUGCCCCCUUUUUCCUCUUCUUCCUGCCUUGUGCAGCCUAACACAGCCCAGCUGUAUGAGAAGUUCACCCAGGAGAUGGGUGCUGAGGGGGCUCAGGCCAGACUCUCUGCAGGGGCCCCUGAGGGUAGCUGCCAACCUCCAGAAGACCUGAACACCCUACAAACAGCACUGAGCCAAGCCAAACAUGGACACAAGCCCCCUAACUGCAAUUGUGAUGGGCCUGACUGUCCAGACUACCUUGAGUGGCUGGAGAAGAAGAUUAAGUUGGCAACCAGUGAGGAUCAAGAUGCCUGCAAAAUGGCUGAUGCUCCCCCACACUUACAGCCUCACCUACAGCAACCCCAUUUGCAGCAUCACCCUCAGCCCUUCACCCAGGUGAAUGGUGGCCACCAUCUGUCUACUUCAUACCCCCAGCAGCUACACGGAACUCAAGGCCCUCAUCCAGACCAAGUGCCCUGCUCCAAACCUCCAAUUCCCUGCUCUCCCCAGGUGCUCUCCAUAGCCAAGGAAAAGAACAUCAGUCUUCAGACAGCCAUCGCCAUAGAAGCCCUGACCCAGUUAUCUAGCACUGGUCCGCAAGCUGCCAGCUCACCAGGUCAAACCCCCUACAACAGUAACCUCCAUCACCACCAACAUACCCAAAACCUCCCAUCUCUGCCCCCCAAUGGCACUAGCUUGAUCCCGUCCUCUCCCGGCACCCACUCAUCUUCCUCACGCUCUCAAUCCGUCCCUCCAGGACUACACACAGGCCAGCAGGCCCCAGUGUCUUGUGAGCACCACAGGCCCCAAUCCCAGGGCCAGCCACCCCAUGAUACCCCUCUCCCCUCCUCUACCUCUCCCUUCCCAGGUCAGGGAAAACAUCCAGGCUUCAGCCCUAAUUCCCAGCAGUGGCAGCAGGGCUCAGGCAGAGGCUCUGAACAGAGGAACCCAUGGAUGUGUAUUAAGUCUGAGCCCCAGUCUCACUAUGCCGCUGCACCUCACAGUAACUCAGACCCCAUGUCAGAGCUCAAACAGCUGCUUGGUGACACCAGUGGCAAGUUCAGCAAUGCUUCUUUCAAGCUUCCAGUCACACAGCAGCUCAGAUUGAGCCAGAAUGGAGGUAUCCAGGCCCAGGACAACCCAGCAUUGGCCAGGAUAAAGCAAGAACCAGACUCUGGUGAGCACUACCAUCACACUGCCUCCAUGGGACAUUAUGGCAUGGCUAAUUGUCAGCAGCAGGGUCAGCACUACCCUGGCACUCCCCUGUCUCCUGGCCAAGCAGCCAUCAGUCACUCCACUCAGGCAGCUCUGCAACAGCACCUUCACUACAAGAGGAACCUCUUCUCUAACCACUCCUCUGGCUUUGGAGCACAAGGCCCUCGUGCACCUCUGGCUUGCCAAAACUUGAAAAAAUGGUGGCCACAGAUGGAGGCAGAAGGUUUGCCACAUCUGGCCAUCAAACAGGAACCCAAGAAGAAAAAAAGCAGCCAAGGAUCUCCUGUCAUAAAAGCUAUGAGUGGGAUGCUUACAGUCCCUCCCCUGGCCAAACCGAAACAGAUAAUCAUCAAGAAGACCAAGCAGAAAGCCUCCAUGCCAACCUUCCUGCCUCAGACUCAGAUCACCAUACAAAAACCGCCAGUCCUCAUGAUGGACAGAGCCCCGGCCCUGACCAGCCUGAAACCAGGUUCUCUCCCCUCUCUUCCCCUCCAUAGUAACUCCACUCAGGCUGCUGCUGCAGGCCUCCCUGCCCCAGCCCAAUCUCAGGUAUCCAUUUCCAACUCCUCAAUGACUCCCUCUUCCACUGUUUCUGCUUUGUCAGAAAACACUCCAGCCCUCUUGGGCCCUCUGCCACCACCUGUGGCCCCUGUAGCCCAUGCUAAGUCAGAGGGAGCGAGCAGCCUGGUCUCCAGUAACACCAGCACCACCACACCUCUGACCUCCACAUCUCCAUCAAGCACCUCACAAUUACAGAGUCUCAUCAACAUAGACCCGAAGUACGAAGAACUGAUCCGCCAGUUUGAGGCUGAAUUUGGGGACUCAGCACCAGGCGCACCUGCCAGUCAGCCCAUGGAGGAGACUGCUACAGCCCCUCAGCUGGGGAAGCGGUCCCAGACCAGUCCUCAGGACCUCAGUCCCACAUCAUCAUCCAAAUCCCAGUCGGCUCCCGUAAUUCUCACCACUCAAGCCAGCUCCACACCUCAUCCAAAUGAUCAGGAGAUGGAAGUCAACAAAGAUGAGUUAGGGAUCCAAAGUGAAGCAACCUUGAACCAGGCAUCCACAGAAAGCCCUAUGGAGGAGCAGCAUGUCUCUCUGCAUCAGGAGGCCAUUCUGGACAAGCAGCAGCAGCCCAGUGUGUUAGAGGAUAAAUUCAGCAUGCCAUGUUCUCCUCUGCCUAAACGCAUGAAGAUCGAAGCCUCGGGUGAUAUAGCAGUACUCUCCACCACAUGCUAUUCUGAAGAGGACACGCCCACUAAGGACAGUCUGCCUUCUUCUCCAUCUCUCAGAGGCUUCCUAGAGUCUCCUCUGCGCUACCUGGACAGCCCCACUAAGACCUUGAUAGAUACUCCCUCCAAGGAUCUACAAGCAGAGUUUCCCACAUGCACCUGUGUGGAACAAAUCCUGGAGAAAGAUGAAGGGCCCUACUACAAUCACCUGGGAUCUGGACCUACUGUAGCCUCCAUACGAACCCUGAUGGAGACGAGGUAUGGACAGAAAGGGGAUGCCAUCCGGAUUGAGAAGGUGCUGUACACAGGCAAAGAGGGAAAGAGCUCACGAGGAUGUCCUAUUGCUAAGUGGGUGAUCCGUCGUAGCAGCGAGACAGAGAAGCUGCUGUGUCUGGUGCGUCAGCGUGCAGGCCACCACUGUGCCAACGCUGUCAUCAUCAUCCUCAUUAUGGCCUGGGAAGGUGUCCCGAGGGCCCUGGCUGACAAGCUGUACCGCGAGCUCAGUGGCACCCUCACCAAAUAUGGCAACCCCACCAGUCGACGCUGUGGCCUCAAUGAUGAUCGUACCUGUGCAUGUCAAGGCAAGGACCCUGAAUCUUGUGGCGCUUCCUUCUCCUUUGGCUGCUCCUGGAGUAUGUACUUUAAUGGCUGUAAGUACGCCCGAAGCAAAAUGCCACGCAAGUUCAGGCUACAAGGAGAUCACCCUGAAGAGGAGGACAGACUCAGGGAUAACUUCCAGCAUCUGGCAACUGAGGUGGCUCCUUUGUACAAGCAGCUGGCUCCACAGGCAUACAGUAACCAGUGCCAGUCGGAGCAGAGAGCUCCGGAGUGCAGGCUGGGCUUGAAGGAAGGCCGGCCGUUCUCUGGAGUCACUGCUUGCAUGGACUUCUGUGCUCAUGCUCAUAAGGACCAGCACAACCUCUACAAUGGUUGCACGGUGGUGUGUACUUUAACUAAGGAGGACAACCGUGCAGUGAAGGAGAUCCCUGAUGAUGAGCAGCUCCAUGUAUUGCCUCUUUACCGGAUCUCCCUGACUGAUGAGUUUGGCAAUGAGGAGGCCCAGCGCCUCAAGAUGCAGACGGGAGCCAUCCAGGUGCUUCAGGCUUUCCGCCGUGAGGUCCGCAAGUUGCCCGAACCUGCCAAGUCCUGCCGACAGCGCCGACUGGAGGCCAAGAAGUCGGCCUCGGAGAAGAAGAAAAAUAAACUCAUGCAGCAGGCAGGGGAGACGCCAGAGAAAACAGUGGUCAAGGCUGAAGUCUGCAUCACUGGUUCCCCUCAACCCCAAGGCAAUAAAGCAAUUAUAAAACAAAACGUGAAGCCCAACAUCAAGAAGGAGCCCUUCAACGGAUCAAUAGAUGGAUACCCUGUGCAGGCAGCAGACCCAUUCAACAACAUCUACCCACACCCUGCCUACUAUGCAAGGGGAGGCCUCCCCCCAACUGGCCAGCCCUCUGCACCAGACCCAGUAAAUGGUUAUCACCACAAUCUUCCCGCAAUGCACUAUGGUUACUACAACUACCCCCCCAAUGCACUUUUUCCCCCUAAGCUGAGGACCUACGAGGGUCGAAAUGGCUCUUUGCCCAAAACAGGCGGUAAGGCUGACCAGGUGGACAAGAAGCCUGAUAUUCAGGGCCUCCAGGCCAGACUGGCCCAGUCCUACCCCAGCCAUCCAGAGCAAGCCAACCAACCAAACCACAGCGCUUACACCCAGCCUGCUGACUACAACCAGGCCCGUCCUUCCUUGGUGUCCUCUGAACCCUCCAACAGAGGCAAUCCAGUCAUCAAACAGGAGCCUAUGGAUGUGCCAGUCUAUGAAGGCACAAUGCCGCGCCAGGCUGGUGCCAACACACCUAGCACCACCCACCAGUUUGUGGCCUGGCCAGAGCACAAGCUUAAUGGAAGUAUCGUUCCUACCAACUGGGACGGCCAUCUGAACCCUAAACAAAGCCCUGAAGCCUCAUUGUUGAACCCAGACAAGCAGCUGUUGCACCAGCAUCCCCAGCAGCGGCAGCCCUCUCCUUACCCUCAGCAGUGGACAUCCUACCCUGGCUCAAAUCCCCUGAUGGCUUCCCCAGCCCCAUCGCCAUCACUCCAGGUAACUCCCUCUCCAUCUCCGUCCCCGCACCUAGGCACAGGGCUCCCAGUUAACAUACACCAAGGCACCACACGCCCUGCCACCCCACGCCCAAGCACCCCUCACCCACGUACACCACAGCCUGGCAGCUCUCACUCAGGCUCAGUUACACCACAGCCAGGCACCCCAGGCCCAGGCACCCCCAGGCACUGGGCCAGCCCUGCUCCUAGUCCUCAGCCAAAUGCUUGGGCCAUGGGGCAUGCAGCAUAUAGUGCUGGUUUGAAGCACAGCAAUCCUGCAGGAUCCUACCCUGACAAGAUCUGGUCCAAGACCGGGGAAAGUCGGUGUUCCACUCCCCUUGGGCUCCAAGAGAAGGCUUGGAAGUCUUGUGGAGGUUCCGUGGCAGGCAUUACCCUGUCCCCUGCCCCUGAGGGUCGCCUCUUCCCUGAUGCCCUGCAGCAGUCAGAUCAGGCCUGCUGGAACCCCAGCAGAGCUGAAAGUGACGUUGAGAGCACCAAGGGCCGUGGAGAGGAAGAUGAUGAGGUGUGGUCUGACAGCGAGCACAACUUCCUGGAUCCCAACAUUGGUGGUGUAGCGGUGGCACCAGCCCAUGGCUCCAUCCUGAUUGAAUGUGCCCGUCGAGAACUACAUGCUACCACUCCGCUCAAAAAGCCUGAUCGCUCCCACCCCACCCGCAUCUCCCUGGUCUUCUACCAGCACAAGAACCUCAACCAGCCCAUGCACGGCCUGGCUCUGUGGGAGGCCAAAAUGAAGCUACUGGCAGAGCGAGCACUGCAGAGGCAGCAGGAAGCGGCUCUCCUUGGCCUCUCCCAGGAUGACAUCAAGGCCCUCGGGAAAAAACGCAAGUGGGGGGCUACGGGGGCUGGUGCCAGUCCAGGACCUGGACAAACUAAAGACAAGAGGGAGGGGCCAGUGACACGGUUAGCCCCCACGUUCCACACCACCUCUUUGGUUACUGUGUCUCCCUAUGCCUUCACCCGCCUCACUGGGCCCUACAGCCACUUUGUCUGAGGUCAGACAGACACAGACAGACUGAUAGAUACAGAGUGGUGCAGUGGAGGGCUGGAGAGAGCGAUGAGCAGGAUGAAUGUCUCUCAGCCGUCCCGCAGUCUGACAUCUCUUUAUCCUGCCCCCUUUGCAGUCCACAUGGAGGAGGGGACAUUUUUAUUGUUUUUUACCUCAUGUCAGGCAGUGGUUUGGGCUUCAGACACACUGCCUGUGGUGCUCUUCCUCUCUCUUCCCUGGAGAGGAACUCCAUUGCUUUUUCUUGUUUAUAGAAUUUUAAUGAUUCUAAUUAUUGCUAUUAUUAUCAAUAUUAUUAUGAUUGCUAUUGUUACUGUCAAUGUUGUUAUUACAGGUAUUAUUAUAAUGAAGACUUGUUUGUUUUUUUAUUAUUGCUGUUUUCAUUAAUGUUAUUAUUAAUAAUGUGAUUGUUUUGGUUAUAUAUAUUUUUUAAAUCAAUCAGUCUAAGUCAGUCAGACUCAGACAAUUGCUUUUUCCAUGUUUGGAAAACGUGUACCCUAUUUUCUGUUUGAUUUUCUUUGUUCUGGUCAAUCUUCUAGCUGUACUUAGAGGAGGAGCCAUUACCUGCCUGGCAAGACAGCAAAUCAAUAUUACAGUAAUCAUAUGUACAUAUAUAAAAAAGCCUUUCCAGUAGGCUUGCCUUAGAUAUCUACUGUAUAUCUAUAUUGACAAUGUACAGAUAUGUAUCUUUGAUUUUAAAAAAAAAGCCAGUUUAGGCCUCCAUAAAGGAUAAUUACAAUUAUUAUCAGUCAUUUACCAGCAACACUGCUGUCUAAUACACAAAGACAGUCACACUGUACUGGAACCUGCCAACAUCCAUUUUUAUAUUUUCUAUUGCCUGAAACUUACAUAUACUGUAUCCUACUAUUUGCAUAAUUUCAUAUUUUUCCCAUUAGAUGGGAACAUCUGUGCACUUAACCAUUAUGUACAAAUAGAAUAUAUUCUAUUAUUGUCUACAUACCUGGUGAAAAAAAAGGAAAGAAGGAAAGAAAGACAGGGAUCCAUCAAAGUCAGUCGUCAAAGCAGUAUAGUGUAUGUCUGAAUUGUCAGUGGUAUUUGCACUGAUAAAAACAAUUAUACCUUUUUAAUGAGACUACUGUAACAAGUAGAACACAUAAAAGGACUCCAAAUGGAGGCUGCAUCUUCGAUAUUACGUGAAUACAGCUGAAGAGCAGUGCUUGGUUUCAGCUGUUGUGUGUUUGUUGUGUGUCUGCGUAUGGGAGAGCAGAGCCCCUAGAAGGCUAAAACUGAACUCUAAAGUCUGAAACAAAACCAAUCAUCAUGAUACAAAAAGUAGGAAUAUAAUGCCCAGGUUAAAAAUAAUUGCAAUUGCCCUUUAAACCACAUUGGGAGAAAACAUUGCUGCUUCUCUUGUCAUUAGAUGAUGUGCUCCUCCUCCUCUUCUGCACCCCUCCAGCUUUCGACUGGUGCUCAACUUCCAGCUCUGAUCGAUAUUCAUUCCGCUACUCUUCAUGGCACUUGAUGCUGUACUUAGGUGCUCUAACUCAAAUCUGGCUCAACUAGUAUUAGCAAGUAAAUAUUUUUGCUUAGACCGAGGUGGAGUACCAGAAUGAUGGGAUUUAUUGAUUCAAGACAUAGGUGCAGGAAAUUUGUCAUGCAAAGAAAAAUAUAAUGAAUUACCUUACAAAUGCUUGUCAUGUUUUCCGGUGUGGAAAACUGUACAAAUAUGGUACUCCACAGAGGCUAAAAUAAGUGAUACUAUUUGCAAAUGUCAUUUGACCCAGACCUGCAAUUACCACAUAGAGAUGGAACAGGUGGCACACUUUAUCUUCCUAUAACAUUCAAGUAGGGGUGAGCACUUCCCAGUGUAAACUCUAGAGGGCAGCAGUGACUGCCAUUUCAAAGUGGUGUGUACAAACAAACCUUUAAGCACUUGAGAUCCAUUCAGCCUUGCCUGGUUGCUUUAACCAUCCAUGGCCAGUAGAGGGGGAUCUCACAACCUGUUAGCUGACCAUGGAUGGGCCUCACCAAAGCAGCUCAAGGCAAAGUUGAUCUUUGUGCCAUUGUGGCACAAAUGUGAAUGAAGUCUGGAAAUGUAUCUGGGAAGCCCAUCCUGGGUUUGAGUAGAAAGAAAUAGUAUUGGGACAGCAGUGCUUUUGGUGCUCCUACACACGCUCUGGUGCUCUCCUAUUACACUUGAUUUACUGUGAAGGGCCCACUCCUUCCUCUGCAUGGUGCUGUCAUCUUCGAGCAGAGAGAGGUGUGUCCUUCUGCAGGCACCUUGUCACCACAGAGCCAGCCAGUCAAAGUGGCGGCCGUCCUAUGGUUGCAGCUCUGUCAUUGGGCUCAAGAACUGGUUUCUUCUGAGGUGUUUUUGCGGUUUCUUGUGGCAAAGUGGUUUUGUCUCAAACAAAGUACACUGUACAGGGCAGAGAAAGCACAGUCAUUCAAUGCAUUUUUGGUAAACCAUUCACAGAGAAAACAAUAGUACUGAGAGUUAAAGAGAGACCUUGGAAAAUUACUGUAGCUUCUGGGAGUUGGCGUCAAAUGCAAACGCAUUGCAUCAAUGAAUCUCACUUUGUGUGUGUUUGUGUGUGUGUGUGUGUGUUUGUGUGUGUGGGUGUGUGUCUGAAAAUGACACAAAUGCAUGGGUGCGUGAAAGAGAAGAGCCAAAGAGAGAGACUAUUUGAUAGCCUGGAUAGAGUCCUGUGAAACACUCAUUUUUAUUUUCUCUCCAUCAACAAUGUGACCAUUUGAUUAAUUCAAUUGAAAAGUAAACGUGGUUUACUUGCAACAUGUGUUGAAAAUGAAAAUGAGCAACUAAUAGAACUCGUUACAGGCUGACUCCUGGCUGCUCGUGGUUGUUUGGGUCAAGGCCCUCGUCAUCUGUGAAAGACCCUGUUACCUCUCCCGAGGGUCUCCAGCUCUCUACCUCACGCUGUAGAGACACUGGUCCCAAUCACAACUUGCUACUGAGGGCAGAGAAUCAUGCAUAUGUCCCUUUGUGUGCUCUAGAUCUCCACACUCAUUUUAACCUGCUUUUUUUUACUCUUAUUUAUUACUACAUGGUGAUGAUGAUAAUGAUUGUCUUUGAUGUUAUUGUUUGUUUGUUUUUUCAUCUUUUUUUAUAUAGCUAAUACAAAUUGUACAUAGAGAAGAAAGAUUUAUAAAAGCACUUUUAAUCUUGAUUUUAAUGACAAAAGAAAGAGCCGAUUAUUGACAACUUGAAGCUUAGGGGGUUUUUUUUGUUUGUUUUUUAUUUUCUCAAGAGAGAGAUAAAAAAUGUAAAUAUUAAAAUAUUUAGGUAAGAUUAUUUAACUGGUGAGGAUAGUAACUAAACCAUGAAUGACAAGGGGGUAUUUUGAAGUCUCUGACAGCCCUCAACAACAGUAAACAACACUUGGUCCCAGUGUGUUGUGUGUAAAUGUGUGCUUAGUAACACUGCUGUUUUGCUUUCGUAAGUACUGUACCCCUUGUCAGCAUAUAACUGACAGAGACCUGUCACUUUCUAAAAACAAAAUCAUUAGCCCAAUUAUGUAAAAUGAAACCACACUUGACUUACUGACUGAUGACAGUCAAAAUAACUGGAAGAUCCCUCAUGUUGCAGUUCUCUGACCAAAACCUCAUAUUUACAAGUAUGAAUUUUAGCGUUUUAGAAAAGCUUGUCAGCUUGAUAGCAAUGAAUUUAGUUGACAUUUUACAGCAGGUGUCAACAAUCCAAGAGAAACUCUCUCAUCACAAAAUUUCCAAAUUUCAAUUUAAGCUUGAAAAAUACCAAAAUUGUAAUUAUGUACUCAACAACAGUGAUCUACUGUCAGUAAGCUAAGGACAAAUCUAAAAAGGUAGCCAUAAACCUGAUAUGUUUUGUUGUUUAAAGGAAUAGUUGUACAUUUUGGGAAACAUGCUUAGUCGCUUUCUUGAAGAGAGUUAGAAGAUUGACUCAUGUCUGUACAGUAAAUAUGUAGCUGGAGCCAGCAGCCAGUUAGCUUAGCUUAGCAUAAAGAUUGGAAACAGGGCAACAACAGUUAGUCUGGCUCUGUCAACAGGUAACAUAAUCUACCUUCCAGGACCUCUAAAGGUCACUAACAUCAUAUCUCUUUUGUUUAAUCUGUUCAAAAACUAAAGUCUAGACAUGUCAAGUUGUGGUUUUCUGGUGGUUAUGUGACUUAUCCUUCCAGGUAAACAGGCAACCAGCAGAAGCUACAGGAAGUCACUGCUCCCAGCCAAGAAAUUGUCUGGCACAUAAACUCCAGUAAAACAUGUUUUUGUAAACAAAUGAGGUUUAGAGGUUCCAGUAGGCAGAUUUUGUUACCUUUGGUCAGACCCAUGCUAGCUGUUUCCCCUGUUUCCAGUCUUUAUGCUAAGCUAAGCUAACCAGCUGUCUGUAGCUUCAUAUUUAGCGUACAGACAUGAGAGUGGUAUUGAUCAUCUCAAGUCUCAACAAGAAAGCGAAUAAACUUAUUUCCCAAAAUGUUGGGAUAUCAGUAGAGUUGCCCCUGAUAAAUUUGCCACCGAUCAUGUGCAGGACCACAUCCAAGGGGGGAUGUUUAGGAACAUACUGGUAGUUGCUGAGCCAGUCUGUGGUGAAUCAGUGGGCGAUGUUUUAGCGAGUAAUAGCCCAGCAAUCUUUGUCAGUUGUGUUAGACUAUCAGGUAAGAGACUGCCUCCCUGCUUGUUUAGAUGUAUCAUUAUUAUCUACUCUAGUUCUCAUAAUAUUAAGUAUGCACUUGGCAUAAUAAUCAUGACACCCUGUGGAAAACGUUGAGCGGUUUAGUUUGUAAUAAUUAAUUAUAUGACACGCACAUCAUGGCCAACAGUAAUUUGAAUGGUGCAUGGGCUGGGACUGGUACAGUUACAGGGUCCAUUUGACUUUUUAACCACAAUGCAUGGCCCACAUUACACACACACGCACACACACACACACACACACACACACACACACACACACACACACUUGCCUAAUAAUGGGUGCUGAGGAUACAGUGCACAUGAUAUCUUAAUAACUUUGUAAAUUUCUAAAUGUCUCACGAGUUUGGUAGAUGGUUCUCAUGAGAGGCGCCACCUCCCAAGCUCGUGCUGAGAUAGGGGGUCAGUCAGCUGGUGCUAUGAUGCUACACCUUAAAAUUCACUGUGUAAAAAAUGUGAGGGAUAAAUGAUUACCACAAAUAUUUUUCUGAGCUCUUCGAAUGUCAAGAGAACUAUACUUUUGAUUCAAGCAGUUUCACAGGAUGGGAAGCUGCCUUGGUGCUGACUUUAUAAAAAGUCUUUUGUUACAACGCUACAAAUUUACAUCUCUUUUUGAGGGCAGGGGGCACUCAAACAGUUGAGUACAUUCUCUACUAAUAUUCAUUCCACAUUGUACUUGAACUCAUUUAAAAUAGGAUGAGAUAUAGAAUCAUAUUAUAUGAAGACUGUUAUCUGGAUUUCUUGUUUGGUACAGCGCAAGUACCAAAGGCUAUUGAAAUGAUCUUUUGAGUAUGUUGCACAUGUUCAUGCUAACUGAAUGCUAAGAUAUUUGAACAACACAAGAAUAACAAUUGUGUACUGCCUCCCUCUUCCUCUCCCUCGUCAUGCACUUCCUUUACUCAACACCCCUCUUUCUCUUAACACCUUGUAUAUUUUGUCUCUCUCUCACACACGCAAACAUAGAUAUACAUACGCAUCUCACUGUGUAUGGCCCACUUUUAGAAGUCUAUUGAACACCUAAUUUUAUGAACACUCUCCACAUUUGGGAUAGAGACUUGGAACCCGGCCCGUACAAAAAUUAAAAUGAACCUACACAACUGGCAGCUACAUUCCUUUUUGAGCUUUAGGAUUGUUCUUGGUUCUUUAUUUUCAUGUCAAGGAUGCAGUAUGUAAAAAAAAAGUGUUUUUGUUCAGUCUCUCUCUCUUUGUAGCUGUAUGGUGUAUUAUGUGAAUACAUAGUGUAUGUGGUAAAAACCCCACAAUAUUGUUUUAUGUUGCGCGAUAAAUAAAAACAUUGAAGUGAAAA